AUGCCUACCAUGUGGCUUUCAGAGACGCAGAAGAUUGGUGCAAUCUUCUGCACCGGCGGCGGUUUAUUUCUCUUCGGAGGAGUGUUGAUGUUCUUUGAUAGGUCUAUGCUUGCCAUGGGAAAUAUCCUCUUCCUAAUUGGCCUAACUCUUAUAAUCGGCAUCCAAAAAACAAUCGCCUUCUUUUCGCGUCCCGCAAAACUCAGAGGAACCGCCGCAUUCGCCGGUGGAAUCCUACUUAUCCUCUUCCGAUGGCCCUUGAUCGGGUUCUGUGUCGAGUUAUACGGUAUCCUGAUCCUGUUCGGUGACUUUUUGGUGACGAUUGGCCAGUUUGUAGGGGGUGUCCCCGUGAUCGGACCAUAUAUUCAACAGGUUUUAAAUACUUUGGCGGGACAGAGGAGGAACGCUGAGUUGCCUGUUUAG